UGAGCACUGUUCUCUAAAAAAAGGUCAUUUUCCUCUCCAAUUUCCCCUUCAAAUUUUACUCACAUACAAAAUUUCUCUGCAGGGUGACUGCUUCCUCGACCAAAAAUGUCGGCCCCACCACCACCGCCGCCGGCAGCAGCAGCCUCCACACCCACGUCCUUCAAUCAGACGAGGAUGGAGCUCCGCACGCUGAUGGAACUCCGUGGGGCUGAGGGUUACGAAAAGGUGACGGAACUGGGCGGUGUGGCCACGUUGUGCAGCGACCUCUGCACCGACGUGACCACCGGCCUCAGCGGGGCAGCCGACGACCUCGCCAAACGACACGACACCUUCGGAGCCAACACUCUUCCCGAGAAGAAGUCCGUCUCCUUCCUCAUGCUCUGCUGGGAGGCCAUGCAAGACUUGACGCUCAUCAUCCUCAUCAUUUCCGCGGCCGUGUCACUGGCGCUCUACUUCGUGACGACGUACCUCCUCGAACACCCGGGUGGUGAUGACAGCGAAGAGUCGCAGGAGUGGAUCGACUCCGCCGCCAUUUUUGCUUCCGUGGUCGUCGUCGUCUUCGUCUCAGCGGGGAACGAUUACGUCAAGGAGAAGCAGUUUCGUGGUUUGCAGAAUAAGAUUGCGGCGGACCAUAAUUUUGCCGUGAUUCGCGGCGGCGAAAGUAUCCAGAUUCCCGUCACAGAUAUCGUCGUGGGGGAUAUAGCGCAGAUCAAGUAUGGCGAUCUUGUCCCCGCGGAUGGGAUUCUGAUUGCGUCGAAUGACCUGAAAAUUGACGAGUCCUCGCUGACCGGGGAGUCCGACCAUGUGAAAAAGACGGAGACGACGGACCCCAUGAUUUUGUCGGGAACACAUGUGAUGGAAGGCAGCGGAAAAUUCGUGGUGGUCGCGGUGGGUGUGAAUUCGCAGACAGGCAUCAUUUUCGCCCUCCUCGGAGCCACGGGGGAAGAGAAGGAAACUCCAAAAGCCGAAAAACCCAAGGGUGGCGAACGCGAUCUGCGCAAAUCGAUGGCUGAUUUACGAAAAUCGAUCCGCAGUUCGUUAAAAAUGGGGUCGAACAAGGACUUGGCGGUGAAAGAGGACGUUCCGGUGGCGUCGGAUGAUGGGAAAUCCGUCCUGGCCAAUAAAUUGUCCAAGUUGGCCGUGCAGAUUGGUUACAUGGGCAUGCUUUUCGCCGCUGUGAGCUUCAUCGUCCUCAUGUUCCGCUUUUGCGUGGAGACGUACGCCAUUCAGGAGGAACCCUUCAGACCCAGCCACGUCUCCGAGUGGGUGACCUUUUUCAUCACGGCAAUCACCAUUCUGGUCGUGGCAGUCCCGGAAGGUCUGCCUCUCGCCGUGACGCUCUCUCUCGCCUACUCAGUUCGGAAAAUGAUGAAAGACAACAACCUCGUGCGACAUUUGGACGCUUGUGAAACGAUGGGAAAUGCCACGACGAUCUGUUCCGACAAGACGGGAACUUUAACGACGAAUCGCAUGACGGUGGUGCAAUCCUACGUGUGCGGCGAGCUGUAUGUAACCACACCUCCAAAAUUUGACUCUCUACCCGCCAACGUGGGCGAGGUUCUCGUCCAAGCGAUCUCGUACAACACGGCCAGCACAUCGCUCGUCAUGCCUGGAACGCAACCCGGGGAGCCGGUGACGCAGCUGGGGAACAAAACCGAGUGCGCCCUGCUGGGCUACGUGCAGGACAUGGGUCAGAGCUACGCCGCUCUGAGGGAACAACUCCCCGAGGAAAAGUACACCAUCGUCUAUACCUUCAACUCAGUGCGCAAGUCCAUGAGCACGGUCAUCCCCAAACCAGGCGGCGCCGGUGGAUUCCGCCUCUUCACGAAGGGAGCGUCGGAAAUCGUGCUCCAAAAAUGCACAAAAAUCAUGGGGCCGUCCGGAUCUAUUGACGCGUUUGGAAAAGAAGGGAUCGAUCGCGUCUACAAAGAAGUAAUCGAGCCCAUGGCGGCACAAGCUUUGCGGACAAUCUGUGUGGCGUACAAGGACAUUGACGGGACGCCGAACUGGGACAAUGAGGACGCCAUCGUGAAGGAGUUGACGUGCAUUUGCAUCGUGGGGAUCGAAGACCCCGUUCGACCCGAGGUCCCCGACGCCAUUCUGACCUGUCAACGGGCCGGGAUCGUGGUGCGAAUGGUGACGGGAGACAAUGUCGCCACGGCGAGGUCGAUCGCGCAAAAGUGUGGCAUCAUCGAGCCGGGCAGUGACCUCCUCGUCAUUGAGGGCAAAGAUUUCAACGCCCAGAUUCGCGACGAGUCAGGCGAAGUGUCGCAAGCCUUGUUGGACAAGAUUUGGCCCAGGUUGAGAGUCAUGGCGAGAUCAAGUCCCACGGAUAAGUACACCCUCGUCAAGGGGAUUAUCGAGUCCAAUUUUGAAAAUAACCGACAAGUCGUCGCCGUGACGGGAGACGGAACGAAUGACGGCCCAGCGUUAAAAAAGGCGGACGUUGGUUUCGCCAUGGGCAUCACUGGGACUGACGUGGCGAAGGAAGCGUCCGAUAUCAUCUUAACCGACGAUAACUUCACCUCCAUCGUGAAGGCCGUCAUGUGGGGCAGAAAUGUGUACGAUUCGAUCGCUAAAUUCCUCCAGUUUCAACUCACCGUGAACGUGGUCGCCGUCGUGGUCGCGUUUUUGGGGGCCUGUGCGAUCAGCACGAGUCCCUUGAAGGCGGUCCAAAUGCUCUGGGUGAACUUGAUUAUGGACACUUUUGCCUCUUUGGCACUCGCGACGGAAAUGCCGACGCCGGAAUUGCUCUUGCGAAAACCGUACGGGCGGACGAAACCCUUGAUUUCGCGAGUCAUGCUAAAAAACAUUCUGGGCGGAUCGAUUUACCAAUUAAUCGUCAUUUUUACUCUGCUGUUUUGGGGCGACUCAUUGAUGGAUAUCGACGACGGAUCCUACGACAAAGUUCCGACGCCCCAUUUGACCAUUAUUUUCAACACGUUCGUCAUGAUGACGCUGUUUAAUGAAAUUAACGCGAGGAAAAUUCACGGACAGAGGAACGUUUUCAAGGGAUUUUUCUCAAACCCCAUGUUCUACGGGAUUUGGACGCUCACAUUCGCAGCACAAGUGUUCAUCGUGGUUAUUGGUGGUCGCUGGUUUUUCGUGUACCCAUUGACUGCGGAACAAUGGUUGUGGUGUGUCGCGUUUGGGGUGGGAACCCUCUUCUGGUUUCAGAUCGUGACCUCUUUCCCCACCAAAUGGGUCCCAGAUUUGAUGAAGAAGAGAUCGGCAAAGCCCAAGACUGGUGGGAAGGGUGACACCGGUCCGGUGCAGGAUGUCAAUUGGGUGCCAGGAAUCACAGCGGUGCAAUCGACGGAUGACGGAGCAACGUUGCAACAAAAGCCGGCUUCCUCCAUGGCUGUACCUCCCCCAGCGGCAGCUCCAUCCUCAGAGCCGUCCCCACCCCCAAAUGAGGAUGGCACGGACGUCUCAAUCGUCGAAAUGGCUACGUCAAAGAAGAAGAAGCAUCAUUAA